AAACAACUGCCAUGGAUCUGCAUCGCGGUAGUUAUUGAUGGUGCUAUAAAGCCACCUAAUUUAUUCUCCUCUUCAACUACAGAAGCUCAAGCUCAAGAUCAAGGUCUCUGAAAAUGGCGGUGAAUAGGAAUUCAAAUACAACGAUAGAGAUCAACCGUCUUAGCUUUACCUACCCUGGAAUCGACGGUCAUCCUCCUCCUGGUUCGACUCCUCUCAUUGAUAACUUCUCGCUUUCUCUUCAAGCCGGCGAUCGCUGUCUCCUUGUCGGUUCUAAUGGCGCAGGGAAAACUACUAUUCUGAAGAUAUUAGGAGGGAAACAUCUGGUGGAACCUCAUAUGGUUCGGGUUUUGGGAAGAUCGGCCUUCCAUGACACUGGAUUGACGACCUCUGGUGAUCUCAGUUAUCUUGGAGGAGAGUGGAAAAGAGAGGUUGCCUUUGCAGGUUUUGGGGUAGCUAUACAAAUGGAUAUAUCUGCAGAGAAGAUGAUAUUUGGAGUAUCAGGAAUUGAUCCUGAAAGAAGAACUGAAUUGAUAACUGUAUUGGGCAUUGAUCUGUCAUGGAGAAUGCACAAGGUAUCUGAUGGACAGAGAAGACGAGUGCAGAUAUGCAUGGGUCUGUUAAAACCAUAUAAGGUUCUUCUUCUGGAUGAGAUUACAGUCGACCUUGAUGUUCUUGCAAGGGCUGAUCUACUGAAAUUUCUUAAAAAGGAAUGUGAAGAAAGAGGUGCAUCGAUUAUUUAUGCUACUCAUAUAUUCGACGGUCUGGAGAAUUGGCCAUCCCACAUUGUUUACGUCGCUCGUGGGGAGUUGCAGUUGGCUUUGCCAAUGGAUGAAGUUAAGAAAGAAAGUAACUUGUCAUUGAUGAGAACUGUGGAGAAGUGGCUGAGGAAGGAAAGAGACGAGGAUAGAAAGAUGAGGAGCGAGAGAAAGGCGAAAGGCUUGCCUGAAUUCGAGAGACAAGUGAAUGGUAGCCGUGUAAUUGGAGAUCCAGCCCGAGCUGGUGCCUAUACAGUCAACAAUGGUUGGGCUGCUGGAAGAUUAAAUUCCACUGUUGCUGGUGAAGAGAAUUUUAUCCUAAGUUCUAAUAGAGUUCUUAGGUAAUAAUCUUGAUGCUUAAUGUAAUAUUUUAAUUCCCUUUUUUGCACAAUAACAGGUUUAAUGUAAUUCUUGUAAUCCUCUGCUCCUGGUAAUUGAUUCGGUGGUUUUCCA